GAUUCUUCAGCAGAGAAUUCCUGUCUAUGUCUGUGAUCAAGGCUUACUGAACUCAUACAGAGAUGUCCUACCAGCAAAACCAGCAGCAGUGUCAGCCCCCUCCCAAAUGCCAGACUCCCAAGAUCUCUCCUCCAACUCCAUGCCCUCCUCCUGUCACUUCUGGCUGUGGCUCUAGCCCUGGAGGAUGUGGCAGCUCCGGUUCUGAAGGUGGCUGCCACCUCUUUUCCCAUCACAGGAGAUCCCAUGGACACAGGCACCAGAGCCCUGGAUGCUUUGACAGUAAUAGUGGGCACAGCCUGCUGUCUGGGGGCUGUGGUAGCAGCUCUGGGGGUUGUGGUGGCAGCUCUGGAGGCUGUGGUGGCAGCUCUGGAGGCUGCGGUGGCAGCUCUGGAGGCUGUUGCUAACCUGACACCCUUGGCUGAGGAGCAGAAUUUGAGAAAUAAAGAGAAGCUAGCUACUCACCUACCUCUCACAUCAAUUCCUCCUGCUGCCUCUGGGGUCUAAGCUGCUGAGAUGACCUUUGGGAAUGGAAAGACCCCCAGAAUUAUCAUUUCAUCUCAUCUCCAAUUCCCCAGAUUUCAGAGUUGAAUCAAACCUCUGUCUCAUUUAUCUAAUGCAACAAUAAAGCUCU